AUGUUCUCAACAAUCGGUUCGUACAUCUGGAGCAGCGCCGGUUUCGACAGCCCUCUUUCAGAAGUUGUCUUCAGCAUCAACGGCAAAUCUUAUACCGCGAAAGCUGAGAGUGUUCCAGUGGACACUUCACUCAAUACUUUUAUUCGCAACUAUGCACAUCUCUCCGGAACAAAGUUCAUGUGUCUGGAGGGAGGAUGCGGCGCGUGCAUCGUAAACGUGUCCGGAGUCCAUCCUGUCACGAAGGAGACUAGAACGUGGUCGGUGAAUUCGUGUUUGUUUCCUGUGUACGCAUGCCAUGGCAUGGAUGUCAAAACGGUCGAGGCCUUGGGCAACCGGCUGGACGGUUACCAUCCGAUCCAGGAGCGACUGGCGCAUAUGAACGGAAGCCAGUGUGGAUACUGCUCGCCGGGCAUGGUGAUGACCAUGUACAGCUUGAUGGAAUCGAAGAAGGGUUCCGUUUCGAUGGAAGAGGUCGAGAAUGCUCUCGGGGGUAACAUCUGCCGCUGUACCGGGUACCGGCCGAUCCUGGAUGCGUUCAAGUCGCUCUCCACCGAUGCCGACAAGGAGCUGCUGGACAUUGAGGAGCUCCGGAUUUGUCCCAAAACGAACAUGGCGUGCUCCGGCGAAUGCCCGACGGCAGCUGCUAAGAUCGACCCGGGACGUCCGGUUCAGCUCGUUUUCGACGACGCAAAGGAAUGGCAUAAGGUUUUUACAAUCCCGGAUAUUUUUACCAUUUUUACUAAUAUUCGAGACCGACCGUACAUGCUGGUCGCAGGAAAUACGGCCCAUGGCGUAUAUCGGCGCAGCGAGUCGCUGGAGGUCUUCAUCGACGUCAACUCCGUCGAGGAACUUCGCAAUUACUUCCUAACCUCCAACGAACUGAUCGUCGGCGCCAACGUUACGCUGUCCGAGUUUAUCGACAUACUGACCAAGACGUCGAACAGAAGACCCAACUUUACCUACUGCCGGGAGCUAGCGAAGCACCUGAAUCUGGUAGCGAAUCCUGCUGUUCGCAAUGCUGGUACCAUCGCGGGAAAUCUGACCAUCAAAAACCAACAUCCGGAGUUCCCAUCGGACGUUUACAUCCUGCUGGAGGCGGUUGGGGCAAAGUUGACGAUCGCUGAAUCGCCAUCGACAACAUACCAGAAGACACCACUGGAGUUCGUACAGAUGGACAUGAAGAAAAAGGUGAUCAAAAGCGUUUCCCUUCCCUCGAUUGGUCCCUUUACGAACGUUUUCCGAACGUUCAAAGUAACUCCGAGGGCGCAGAACGCUCAUGCGUACGUCAAUGGGGCUUUUUUGCUGAGGUUUAGCAAUGACAAGACCACCGUCAAAUCGGUAACACUCUGCUUCGGAGGUAUCAACCCACAGUUUACUCAUGCUACCGGAACAGAAAUUCUUCUGGCCGGUAAAAAGCUGUUCGACAACAAUACCCUUCAACAAGUGUUCAAUUCGCUCACCUCGGACCUUCAACCCGAUAGUGUCCUGCCGGACGUUUCCGCCGACUAUCGGAAAAAUCUGGCCGUUUCACUGGUCUACAAGUUUAUACUCAGUGUAGCGGUGGACAAUGGUGUUACGGUCGGUCCUCGGUUCAUGUCCGGCGCAUCUACCCUCCAGCGUCCGCUAUCGUCCGGACAGCAACAUUUCGAUACGAUCAAAAAGAACUGGCCCGUGACGAAGUACGUACCGAAGAUCGAGGGACUAGCGCAGGCAUCGGGUGAGGCGAAGUACGCGAACGACUUGCCAUCGUUUCACAACGAGCUUUACGCCGCGUUUGUAGUGGCAACGAAAGUAAAUAGUACCAUCGGAAAGAUCGACCCACUGGAGGCUUUGAAAAUACCCGGUGUCGUUGCAUUUUAUUGCGCGAAGAACAUCCCUGGAGCUAACAAUUUCGUUAGCGACGCCAUGAUCUUCUAUUUCCCAGAUGUGGAAGAGAUUUUCUGCAGCGGGCGUGUCCUCUUCCACGGCCAACCGGUCGGUGUGAUUGUGGCCGAGCGGUACGAGCUAGCAAUCCGCGCCGCCAAGAAGGUGCAGAUCAUCUAUGAACGAGUGACGAGCGAACCAGUCUACCCGACGAUUAAAGCGCUGCUGGAAAACCAAGUGAAGGCCCGCAUCGUAGAUCAUCCGAUCAGCAGUCGGUCUCAACCGUCCGUCAACCUGGAGGCAUCGGUGAAAAUCCAGGGUACACUGGCGAUGGCCGGACAGUUCCACUUCUCGAUGGAACCCCAGACGUGCGUGUGCAUACCGACCGAGGACGGCAUGGAUGUCUACUGUGCCACGCAGUGGAUCGAUCUAACACAGGUGGCGAUGUCGGCCGCACUGAAGAUACCACAGAACAACCUCAACUUUAUCGUCCGCCGUCUUGGCGGUGCCUUUGGCGGAAAACUUACCCGCGCCAGUCAGGUUGCUUGUGCCUGUGGACUGGCGGCUCUGCUGACCAGACGCCCAGUACGCUUUGUAUUGAACAUCGAAACAAACAUGGGCUCCGUGGGCAAGCGCUAUGGGUGCAUCAGUAACUACCAGGUGAAUGUGGACGCAAAAGGCAAGAUACUGGACCUGACGAACAACUUCAUGCAAGACUACGGCUCAAAUCUGAACGAAAACGUCGUCGACGAUGCAAAGUUUGUGUUUGGCCAAUCGUACAACUCGAGCGCUUGGAAGGUGAGCGGAAAAGCCGUCCUAACCGAUGCACCACCGAACACGUAUACACGCGCACCGGCCACGACCGAGGGUAAUGCAAUGGUCGAGACGAUCAUGGAGCACAUUGCGUGGGCUACCGGGGUCGAUCCGAUGGAGGUACGGUUGACCAAUAUGCCGAAGGAAAGCACACAUCAAAAGAUGAUGCCCCAGUUCCGGCAGGAUGUGGAGUUUGACAAGAGAAGGACAAUUAUCGACAAUUUCAACGCCAAGAAUCGUUGGCGCAAGCGGGGUAUCGCCAUCGUACCGAUGCAGUACCCUCUGAUACACUUUGGUGCCCUGCAUGCACUCGUUUCCAUCUACGCCAAGGACGGAACAGUAUCGAUUACGCACGGAGGAAUCGAGUCCGGUCAAGGAUUGAACACGAAGGCGGCACAGGUGGCUGCAUUCAUACUGGGCGUACCGAUGGAGAAGAUUUCCAUCAAACCAACGAACAGCAUGGUCUCCCCGAAUAGUGUGAUGACCGGAGGCAGUAUGACUAGUGAAGUCGUAUGCUACGCAAUUAAGAAAGCAUGCGAAACUCUCAACACCCGUAUCCAACCCGUCAAGGAUGAGCUGAAGGAUGCCUCAUGGGAAAAAAUUACCCAAGCUUGCUAUCUGCGAGACAUCGAUCUGAGUGCACUGCAUCAAUUCACAAAGGCCGACUUGAAGCCAUACAGCAUUUGGGGCGUGAGCUGCGCCGAGAUAGAGACCGAUCUUCUGACCGGUAGCAUUCAACUGACCCGAGUCGACAUCCUCGAGGAUACGGGCGAAAGCUUGAGUCCCGGAAUCGACAUUGGACAGAUCGAGGGAGCGUACAUUAUGGGCAUCGGGUACUGGCUGACGGAGUCUCUGGUGUACGACAUGACCACCGGUGCGCUGCUGACGAACCGUUCGUGGAACUAUAAGCCUCCGGGAGCAAAGGACAUCCCGGUGGACUUCCGUAUUCGGCUUCUGCAAACCAGCGACAACCAAUUUGGAGUACUCCGUUCGAAGGCCACAGGAGAACCAGCGUUAACGAUGAGCAUUGGAGUAAUCUUUGCCUUGCGCUAUGCGCUACGUUCGGCCCAGAAGGAUGCCGGAAAACCGGACGAUUGGAUUCCACUGGGAUCGGCUACGACCCCGGAGCAGAUCUACCUCAGGUCGUUCAACUCUAUCGAUCAAUUUAAACUUAAUUAA